CCCCAUGUCUCGGUGCCUGUCUCGGCAGAAACGAAACCCCUCUCAACUCUCAACCUCCCACUCUCAUUUUCAGUUUAUUAUCUCAGCGAAGCCGCCGGAGCAGACCCGCCGUGAUGGGCCCGCCAAAGACUGGCCGUGCAAUUUCACAGCAAGCCUUCGAUGAAAUGGUGACUGAGAAUAUCGAGGACCUCGGAAUGGACCCCGCCGAAGCCCUCCAAGACGCCAUCGAUAGCCUAACCCUCCAAGGCGUCGAUCUAUCCGGCAUCGUCAAGUGCGUUCCGGGCGAGGGAUCCGUGGCUGACAAUCCGGUGAUCCAGUCCUUGGAUAGGUUGAAACAAUUGAAUUCUGAUUGGACUGAUCGAAUCGGUGACUUGAAAGACGAGGAGGAGAUGGUUUUGUUGCUGGAUAAGUUGACCGAUCUGUGUUCGGUCGAAGGAUCUGGGAAUGCAGCCAUUGCGACCAGAAAUGGAGGGGUCGAAUUGGUCUGUUCGGUUUGUUUGAAGCUCAGAAGUGAAUGUGAUCAGAGUCUGGUUUCCGCUUUGAAGGCAUUGGCAUCACUUGUUCAUGAUGUUCAGAGUAGUGAAAUAUUUCAGAAGAAUGAUGGACCAAAGAUCGUGGUGGAUUUCCUUCUCAACAACAGUCAAAAGUUGAACAUCUUAAAUAGUAGUUUUUCAGUUGUUGCUGCUGCUGCAACUGGUAAUGAGAUUGUCAAGGAAUCAUUCAUGAACUUGAAAAUUGGCGAGGUUAUAGUCCAAAGUUUGAGGACACAUGGCAAAGGGAGUAUUGCUAGUUUGUAUGAUGCUAUACAAGUCUUGCUAACACCUGAUGAUAAUCGUGUUGUGGCAUCCCAAGUCUACGGUUAUGCUCGAAUAUUUGCAAAAACCGGAAUUGCUGAAGCUCUUGUGGAAUCACUUAAAGAAGGGAUCAGUUCACCAAGUCUAGUAUCAGCAAGCAUUGCAUUAAAGGCUGUUGCUGUUAAUGAUGAAAUAUGUAGGUCUAUUGCUGAAAGUGGUGGUGUUGAUGCAGUUCUCCGGUGUAUUGAUGACAGUGGUGAACAGGGCAAUAAAACUGUGGCUAGAGUUUGUUGUUCUCUGCUGUCAAAGUUGGCAGGAAGUGAUGCAAACAAGAGUGCUGUUGUUGAAAAGGGAGGAAUCAAUAUGCUAAUCAAACUCUCGGCCAGAUUUUCUGAUGAUCCGGCUGUUUUGCAGGAGGUUAUGUCCAUUAUAUGUGUACUCUCCUUGAGGUCCCCAGAGAAUGCAGCCCGAGCGAUGGAAGCCGGAGCAGGAGAACUUGCCAUCCAAGCCAUGCAGAGGUUUCCUGCAGCACCUCAGAUGCAGAGGAAUGCCUGUAUGAUGAUCCGGAAUCUUGUGGUCAGGAACCCAGAAAACAGGACUCUUUUGCUUAACAGUGGGAUUGAGAAGAUCAUAAGGAAGGCAAAGGAAAACCAUCAGAGCUGCAAGGAUGCUGCCACUGAUGCUCUCAGAGACCUGGGCCUUGAUGACUACAACUUAUAGGGUCCUUCCUUUCUUUCAUAGCACAGUCACAGUGGAAUCUAAACUCUUCUUAAGGGCCGCUGCCCUACACACAAACCUCAACGCGAACGAAACUAAACUUUGUCACAAUAGCGUGUCGUUCUAAAAGCAGAGAGGGAUUGGGGGGGCUGCUUACUGUUUCUUUCCCGACAAAAGCUGUUCGUCUUCACACGGUUUAAGGCAAUCACACCAAUCUCUAUGCCUUUGUGUUUUAUAAUCACUAGAUUAAGGGUAUUUCUGUCACGUCACGGGUACUAUAUUAUUCCUCCCUCAUGAUUGCCAGGUCAAAGACGAUGCCUCCCUGCUGUUUUUUCUUUU